AUGGCGGCGGCGACGGGCGGAGGAGCGCGCGGGGAGGGGCACUUCCGCGGCGUGCGGAAGCGGCCAUGGGGACGGUUCGCGGCGGAGAUCCGCGACCCGUGGAAGAAGACGCGCAGGUGGCUGGGGACCUUCAAUACGGCGGAGGAGGCAGCGAGGGCGUACGACGAUGCCGCACGCAGCCUGCGCGGCCCCAAGGCGAAGACCAACUUUGGAUCCGCCGGCGAACCACAGAUCGCGUGGGGGCCGACGCCGACUCCGCCGGGCUGGGGAUUAGGGGGGAUCGGCGGGCGGGAUCUGUCGCUAGGGCCCACGGAGGGCGGCGAAUCAGGGAGCCCUGGGUGCUGGAAAAUCGAAACCGUCGAAGUGGUGGCGGAGGCGUGGGUUCCGCAGGAGAACACCUCCGCUGCCACCACCGCCGGCCGCGCGCCGGAGGCGAAGACGCCCUUGGCGUUCGAUCUUAAUUUGCCGGCUCCUUCAUUUUGA